ACGAGUACAAAGAGUGUAACAUACACAGCUGCGAACGUAACCCAGUCAAAUGGUCAUGCAAAUACCCGUACCAAGAAACGCAUUGCUCUUCAAGUUGUGCCUGUACAGAUACAGGGUAGUAAUGACACCUUUGUAACUACUUACGCACUUUUAGACUCUGGAAGUGAGGACACUUUUGUAUCAAAGAAAAUCGUUGACAAACUUCAACUUUGUGUCGAAGAACCCCAUGAUAUGUACGUUUGCACUUUUAAUGGAGAGGGAAUGGUGAAAGCUGGACUUGUUGACCUGGAGAUUAAGCCUAUUUCUGGAGAAGACAUUGCUCUGAGAGUUAACGAUGUGAAAGUAAUCGAAAAACUAACAGUUGAUACCUGUAAACCAAAGGACUUGUCAGAAUGGUCGCACCUACAGGACAUUGAAAUCCCAGACGUUGAUGAAAGCGAAGUUACAAUGCUUAUUGGAGUCAACGUUCCUCAAGCGCACAUUCAAAUUGAACAACGCAUCGGUAAACAAGGUGAACCGUUUGCGGUCAAAACUGUACUUGGAUGGGCAGUACUUGGACCAGUUGGUAGUGUGAACAAUUACCAAGCGUCUGUAGUUAAUGUGAACUAUGUAAAGUUUGGAACUGAACUGACUGACCAACAAAUGAGUCAGUUUCUAAGACUAGAAGACAUUGACAUGAACGUCAAAGGUGACAUUGCAUCGCUAUCUGUUAACGAUCAAGAAUGCUUGAAGAAAAUGCAAGAUUCAACUCGCUUAGUGAAUGGUCAUUACGAAGUUGGAAUGCUAUGGAAGAGCUCACAACCAUGGUUGCCGGACAAUAAGAUAUUAGCUGAAACAAGGCUAAAGCCUUUGAAGAGAAAGCUGAAACGUGACGACGAGUUACAUCGGAAAUACAGAGACUUCAURAAUAAUCUGCUUACCAAAGGAUACGCAAGACKAUUGACAGCAGCUGAGGCGAAUGUGCGAAMCAACAAAACUUGGUACUUACCACAUCAUGCAGUGUUCCACCCACAGAAGAAGGACAAGAUACGCGUAGUUUUUGACGCAGCUGCCCAGCAUAAUUGUGUUUCCCUAAAUAACCAGUUKAAUCAAGGACCUGACCUAACCAACAGCCUUCUAGGUAUUCUCCUGAGGUUCCGCCAGGAGCCAGUCGCUGUAGUCGCCGACAUAGAGGGCAUGUUUAAMCAAGUAAAGGUUCCGUCUUCUGAUGCUGAUGMCCUGAGGUUUCUCUGGUGGGACGACGAAGAACUAGAAACAGUAUCUGAGUUCCAGAUGACGACUCAUAUUUUCGGUGCAACAGACUCACCAAGUUGCGCAAACUACUGUUUGAAGAGGGUAGCUCAGGACAWCAAAGACUGUSCUAGURAGGCCGCUGUUGAUGCUAUUGAGAACGAUUUCUAUGUUGAUGACUUUGUAAAAUCGGUCAGUACUGAAGAAGAAGCAAAGAUKUUGGUGGGUGAAKUGACAAGCCUGCUUGAGAAGUCUGGAUUCCAUUUGACUAAAUGGAUGAGCAAUAAUCGUGAAGUUCUUUCGACUAUACCUGAAGAAGAAAGGUCUAAACCUUUGAUCAAUCUGGAUCUUGAUAAACUCCCAGUUCAAAGAACUUUAGGAGUGCACUGGAAUGUAGAAGAAGAUGUUUUCUCAUUCAAGAUACACGAGCCGAGCAAACCAUCAACAAAGCGUKGGAUUUUAUCUGCAAUAAGCUCUUUGUACGACCCAAUCGGAUUUAUCAGUCCYGUUUUGCUGGAAGCCAAGAUUAUGGUGCAGAGUCUAUGGAAGAUGAACAUUGGUUGGGACGACCCAAUUCCAGACUAUCUAAGGGAUCAA